GAAGAAAUGGUAUGGUGUAGUACAUCAACUUCGGUCGUGUCCAGCCCCGAUUGGACCGCAAUCACCAAAAAGCCGCCGAAGAUGUCUGCAUAUCUGGAGGCGAGGAUAGCUACCAGGCUGCUGAGUUGCCCCUCCACCAGCUAAUACUCCUCCCCGCUUUUACGAUAGAUAAUCUAUCCUGCACUGAUCUGAUUACGCGGUGCGCUUUUGGCUAGCUGUCUGGAGCUGGACCUUGUCUGCGAAUGCUGCUGGAUGGGAUGGCGAUAAUGGGGAAGCGGCCGUGUUGCCCACCUUGUGUCUCGUCUCCUCCUUUUCUUUUGCGGAUCUUAUUUUUUUUUUAUUCUGCUAUGAUGUCAAGCUACAUUGAUAUGCUCCUGGAAGAUGACUCCUAUGGGUUGCUUCGGCUGUCGUUCGAGGCCGCAUAACGAGGCUCUCCCUCACGGGCAACAUGCAUCAAUAUUAGUCUGCCGGCCAGCCUACUUAGCUGCCGGCCGUGCUAGAUGCAUCUCUGCAGAUGCAAUCCAUUCCUGCGCAAAUUACACAAUUGUGCAAAUCCCAUCUACAAAGGAUCCUAUUCGUCGCACGGUCAAUACACACUUUCCCACCCAAGCCAGUCCGUUUCCCACCACUCUCAGCUGAACCCCCAACCCGUUUGCCGGAGUUUUUUUUAGCCCAUUUUGUUUCUGUUUCCUUUUUACUAAAAAAAGCAAAAUAGAAAUACAGGGUUUGAAACUGUUUGGUCAUCACUCUAGAAAGGCAAAGUCUAGAUUCGGCCAUGUCGGAUUCACGAACAAAACGAAGACGCCUAGUAUUGGCCUGUUUUGAAUGCAAGCGCCGCAAGCUAAAGUGCGGACGCGAAACUCCCAUAUGUCGGAGGUGCAUUGCCGCAGGAAGCCCCCAUGUCUGCCAAUACGACUCUCGCUUUACAAUGGCAGCAGAUAUAGACUUGAAUGACCAUAGUUGUCUUGAAGCUUCUUGGUCCCCCGUCGACUCUGCUGGUGAGCUUUCGUCAACAACGACUACUACUACAACCACAACUACAAACUCAACAGCGGACCUUCGCAAUCUAGACCCAACACUCAUAGCAGAUGACUAUGAUCAAGACGCCUGGUCCUUGUUCCCCAUUCAGUUGGACCACCUAGCUGAGUCCCCUUCCAACAUCUUACAAAACAACGCCUGCAUUGACGCUGCUAAAAUAGAUAUGCGCCAUCAUCAACAGCACACGAUGCCCAACCCACUACCACCGCCGCCAGUAGCAGCGUCAGCAGCUGUCAAUGUCCAAUUCCGUGGGCCUAGCCACCCAUCAAGCAUCAUUGGGCUCUUUCCUGAUCUCCGAAAUUUCAUGAAGGAGAUUGUACAGCGCCAUCCAGUGCUUGGAUCAGCACAAUGGACGACUACAGCCUUGCUUCCAGCUGAUCAGGCCAUGCCUGCGUACGCUGAGGCAGACAUGUUGCAGUCCAUGAGACGGCUACUACCAGAUGAGAAUCGCUGCCAUGGUCUUGUCGAGCUAUACUUUACACAUUUCACGGGUAUAUACACAGUGUUCCAUGUCCCUUCCUUUUGGCGCGACUACAAGAGCUUCUGGCGCGGAACACACGAGAACCCGAGCCGGUUUGUAGCAAUGCUUCUAGCUCUCAUUGCAUGCUCUCGGUGUCUCUUUUCAGAGGAUACGCUAUCUCUCAAUGGUGAUAGUUCAACGGCAAGAACUGAGGCGGCUCGCUGGCUACAUGCUGCCGAAUCAUGGCACGGCCAUCAGGCAGGCAAGAGCGCCGCCCUGGAAUCCAUUAGCCUUGGGUGCCUGGUUCAACAUGCGAAAUGGCUGAAUGAUAUAGAUCAGGAUAGCCAUUAUACCCAGUCACAGCGCCUUUUGGCCGACGCCAUAUCGAGCGGCAUCCACCGGGACUGGAAGGUCCUUGGAGAAGAAGAGUCCAUCUACGACCAGGAGCUGCGUCAGAAGGUGUGGUUUGUAGUAACCGAGUUGGAAAUCGCGGCCUGCAUGGAGCGCGGUCUGCCAUCAGUAAUCCCGACGCUGUUUUCCGACAUGCCGCCCCCGAAAAACUGUAAUGAUUGUGAUUACAAUCAAACGACGAGCACCGAGCCUACCGACCGUCCAGACGGCGAACUUACCGACGGGUCGUUUGUGCGAAUGGCCCAGUCCAUCAAGCCUCUACGAUACAAGAUUGGCAAUCUAGUCAACGACCCCCAAGCGCACAAGGCAUUGGACCACACACAACUAGCAGAACUGAGAAUUCAGGUGACGGAAAUGCUAGAGCGUGUGGCUACCUGGCUACCGCCUGUAUCGGAGGCCAAAGCGCAACACACACAACGGGCUAUGUACCGAUCUUUGUUGCAAAUCUACCUACAUGAGCUGCUUCUAUUGCUGCAUCUUCCGUUUGCGCUCUUGAGCAGUAGCAAAGUCAUCUCAUCCACUAUAGAUACUGACUACCAGCGAUUCAUCUGCACCAGGUCCGCUAGUGCGAUUAUCAAGAUACAUGAUGACAUGAGAAUGCAAGGCCUGAGCCCCAAUACGUGUGGCAAAGUCCAUCUUUUGCGAGCCGGGCUGUGCCUUUGUCUCCUCGAAGGUGACGUGUUGUAUCCAGGCUUGUCAUCUCUUCCUACAUGCUCAGAGAGUCGUAGCAAAUUGGUCAAGUCGGCGCUCGCCAUGAUGACCGAGAGACUUCUGAGCUUAGGCACAGACCUCCAAUCUGUCUGGCUUCUGUCUACUGCCGAUUGCUACUUGGAAAAUCAACAAGUUCCGGACACGAACAGUGUUUCGAAAAACCAAUACGCCGACAGCAUUGUUGCCCUAUUGAGCAAAAUGUGCCUUGCACAGGAGCAAAAGAAUGACAGCAACCCGGCCUUCAACAGCCACUUUGCUCGAUACAUUUGUCAAGUCCGCCAAGCAUCCGACGUCGUAGGCAGAAGGUGGUGA